CCACAGCUGCCACCUCCGCCUCCUCCUCGGCUGCCUGCUUCCUCCUGGCGCAUCCCUGAACCCGCGCUCGCUCCCGCUCCGGCUUCCGCGGAGUCGCCAUGAGCGGCGGUGCCGCUCGCUUGCCGCCGCCCCUCCACGGGCCGAGCCUGCCGGACCCGGGAGCGCGCAGCCAGGGACGGGGUAGCCCUACCGGCCACGGCGCACCCCGUGCCGCCCCGGGAGCCAGAGGCCCGCCACCAGGUAGCAUUGGUACACCCUUUCAAUGCCACUCAAUCCAUCAAGAUCACAUUUGUAAUGAUGACAGUGACAAGAGCGAAGACAGUCCUAGUCCCAAGCGACAACGCCUUUCCCAUUCAGUCUUUGACUAUACAGCAGCAUCUCCAGCUCCGUCACCACCAAUGCGACCAUGGGAGAUGACAUCAAAUAGGCAGCCUCCUUUGGCUCGGCCCAGUCAACACCACUUCUCAGGGGAACGAUGCAACACACCUGCACGAAACAGGAGGAGUCCUCCUGUUCGACGUCAGAGAACAAGGAGAGAUCGUUUGUCUAGGCAUAAUUCUAUUAAUCACGAUGAAAACUAUCGCCAUCUCUCCUAUGGACAGCAACAGGCAAUAGAAGAGCCCCGAGCCUUUCACCCUCCAAAUGUAUCUCCCCGUAUAUUGCACCCAGCUGCUCAUCCACCACAGCAGAAUGCAGUGAUGGUUGACAUUCAUGAUCAGAUCCAUCAGGGCACAGUUCCUGUCUCAUACACAGUGACCACGGUGGCUCCGCAUGGGAUACCACUUUGCACAGGCCAGCACAUCCCAACAUGCAGCACACAGCAGGUUCCAGGGUGCUCAGUGGUUUUCAGUGGGCAGCACCUUCCGGUUUGCAGUGUGCCUCCCCCAAUGCUUCAGGCGUGUUCGGUCCAGCACCUACCUGUACCAUAUGCAGCAUUUCCACCCCUCAUUUCUAGUGACCCAUUCCUUUUGCAUCCUCCUCAUAUGUCUCCACACCAUCCUCCUCACUUGCCUCCUCCAGGACAGUUUGUUCCUUUCCAAGCACAGCAGUCACGGUCGCCACUUCAAAGAAUAGAAAAUGAAGUAGAACUGCUUGGAGAACAUCUUCCUGUAGGAGGUUUUACAUACCCUCCGUCAGCCCAUCCACCAACAUUGCCUCCCUCAACUCCUCUCCAAUUUUUAACCCAUGAUCCUUUACACCAGGAGGUGCCAUUUGGUGUACCUUAUUCACCUUUUAUGCCUCGAAGACUCACAGCGCGCAGCAGAUACCGAUCACAGCAGCCAAUACCACCACACCCAUACCAUCCCAGCCUGUUACCUUAUGUGCUAUCAAUGCUCCCAGUGCCACCUGCAGUUGGACCAGCUUUCAGCUUUGAGUUGGAUGUGGAAGAUGGAGAGGUGGAAAACUAUGAGGCAUUGCUGAAUUUAGCAGAACGUCUGGGAGAGGCCAAACCACGAGGAUUAACAAAGGCAGACAUUGAACAGCUUCCAUCCUACAGGUUCAAUCCAAACAACCACCAGUCAGAACAGACGUUGUGUGUGGUGUGCAUGUGUGAUUUUGAGUCAAGGCAGCUACUUAGAGUCUUACCCUGUAACCACGAGUUCCAUGCCAAGUGUGUCGAUAAAUGGCUGAAGAGCCCCUGAUCUGCAGAUUGCUGGAAGUUAGAAGAACAUGUCAGGGAAGUAUCAUGCAUGCUUGUCCUGUUUUUAUGCUCUUUCUUACCUGCCGUCAGUGUCAAGAGUCAGACAAGUAUGUUGAAUCAAGCUUUUUGGGGAGUCAGUGUGGCAGUUCUACAGUUAGAUUCAGUAUUUUCAACUGGUAAAGAACUGGCAGAACAGAAAAGUGAAAAAAGCAGAUUUAGUUUAGUCUUUAUAAUCAUAGAUGUACUGUAGUAGUGGUGAAAUAGCUUUUUUCUGGUGUUCCUGUCCCAGCUUAUAAUAGAAACUAUGUAUUUUCUAAUGGAUCUUCACAUGUGGUGUUUUCUGAACAUUGUCUAAUCAUAGAAAAACCCUAUGAACCUAAGAGUGUCAGCUACAUGGGAGAAUGAGGUGAAAGAUACGCAAUCUGAACCUAAAGGGGAUGUAGUUAUAUCCACCUGAAACUGUUUGUGUUGACAUCGUGUAUUCAGAGCUGGAUGCAAAAUAAGCUAGACAAGGUUAAAGCAUUGCAGUGUAGGAUUCCUAAGGCAGGGUAUUUACAGCAUGUGGGUUUAGUUGCACUGCUACGGAGAUGGUGUUUGGAAAGAAAGAUUAUUUCACUUUGCAAAUAUAAGAAAUAACCUGUAACACCACCCUGUUUUAGUUACAGCCUCUGUCUAAACUUGUUAACAGUUAAAACAGCAAACAUCUGGAAGUGAAGAUAAUUGACAGAUAUCUUGUGCUAUAGCUUUGCAUCUGUCCAUUCAUUUAUAUAUUUGACAACUUGUUUUGUAUGUUGAUAGUGUUGAUUAUGUCCACAUCCACUUAAUUCACAUCAUCCAGCUGACAUCAAGUUGAUAAAUUCUGCAAGGGAAGGUAAAAAUUGUAGCUUUCAGUACUUGUAACUUUUUUUCCACAAAGUGGGAAAAAAACAAAACCCAACAUUUUGUCCUCCUGCUUUUGUGAAGAAGGUAUUUGCUAUCUAGGAAUAUUUCUAGAACUAGUUCUGGAACUGUGGAGUUACGUUGAUUCUUUUAAGUUUCACCAUGUUGUUAGUGAAAGAUGUAAAUAAGAGUUCAGAGAUCCAAUCUGAUUCUUUAAAAAAAAUCUUUAUUCCAUUGCCUGUUGGUGAUGAUAGAGGAAAAAAAAAUGUAUCUAAGAAAGUGGCUUGUCUAUGCAUGAAAGUUUUGAUCUACCCUGCCUCUAUAAUGCUAUGUACAGUAUCACUCACUGUGAGUGUUUGUUUAUAGUGCAUUAGGUACCCAACUUCAAUUUAUACUUCCCUGUUUAAGCAAGGUUAAAGACUUGUAAGAGAAGAUGUAAUAGAGUGGAGGAAACAGAAUUAAUAGGGAGGUUAUUCUUUUGCUUUUCAUAGUAUUGUUAACUCUCAUAUUUCACAUUUUAUUGUUAUUUCUUAAUAUCCUAAGUCCUUUGUUCAAAUACGAAUACAUGAGAAAUCUCUUCUUUUGUAAAGUAAGGAUUAGUUAUCAUUCUAAAGGACAGCUUGAAAACAUGACCUGUCUUCCCCUGAGGUGAAGAUAACAAGGAAAACUGAUCUCAUAGGAAAUGAUGUAUUAUAUAUGAGAAAAAUUGUAACUAUAGUUUAACUUUGUUCUGACUAAUACCAGAGUUUUAAAGGAUUCUAGUAGAUCCUAAAAGAUCUAUUUUUCUAAAUGCAGUUUACUUGAGCUAUGAAUUUCUAUAAAAUAUAAAAAAAGAAAUUGGUUAGUUCAUUGAACAUACAGCUCUCUCUCUUUAUAGUACAGAAAGUUUUCUUGAAUGAGUGGCUAGUUAGAAGGUUAAUCUUACAAUAUUAUGUCUCUCUUAUUUGUCUUUUUGCGCCAAGGAGUCACAUUAAAUGCCGGAAAGGGAGAAUGAAUUUCAUGAAAAGCACAAGAAUGCAACUAAAUUUAAACCCAGAUGUUCAUGCAGGAUCUUGAAGAGUUGCCUAAAAAUCAGUGUUGCAGUAUCUAUGAGUAUUCAUUUUAUCCUGGCACAGUGCAUUUUUUUCUGCAAUUCCAAUAAAAAAAUUAUUCCCACUGAAUGCUGUGUUUCAUGAUACAGAUGGUGGAUACCUCAUUAUUUAUCUAAGCAAAUACCUCUUGUUUCAUUAAACCAUUGAAUUUUGAAGGACAUGCCUUAUUACUUUAGAAAUCAUAUUAUCAGAUUGGUGCAAAAGUAAUUACAGUUCCGGACCAUGAAUUUUAAAUCAUUAUAGCUAGGCUUUAUUAAUCAAAAUAGGAACCAUUACAAUGAACACAUUCUUGCGAACAAGAUAUAACUUUGUUUAUUCCUGCAGUGUAAACAUCUGUGCUUCAGGAUUUGCUGAGCUCUCAGAAAGCAUUUUCUGCAUCCUGCUGGUCGUGAAAGUGUUUUCCCUGCAAAAAGUUGUCAAGAUGCUUCAAGCAGUGGUGGUUGGUUGGCAAGAGAUCAGGUGAUAUAGCAGAUGAGGCAAAACUUCAUAGCCCAAUUCAUUCAACUUUUGAAGCGUCAGUUGUGUGACAUGUGGUUGAGCAUUCUCUUUGAGAAGAAUUGGACCCUUUCUGUUGACCAAUGCCAGCUGCAGAUGUUGCAGUUUUCGGUGCAUCUCUCAGAAUCACAGAAUUGACUGGGUUGGAAAAGACCUCAGAGAUCAUCAAGUCCAACCCUUGGUCCAACUCUAGUCCAUUUACUAGAUCAUGGCACUAAGUGCCAUGUCCAGUCUCAAUUUAGAAAUCUCCAGGGACGGCGAGUCCACUACCUCCCUGGGCAGGCCAUUCCAAUGCCUGACCACUCUCUCUGGAAAGAAUUUCUUUCUAAUAUCCAGCCUAAAUUUCCCCUGGCAGAGUUUAAGCCCAUGCCCCCUUGUCCUAUUGGUAACUGCCUGGGAGAAGAGACCAAUCCCCACCUGGCUAUAACUUCCCUUUAGGUAGUUACAGAGAGUGAUGAGGUCACCUCUAAGCCUCCUCUUCUCUAGACUAAACAACCCCAGCUCCCUCAGCCUCUCCCCAGAGGUCUUGUGUUCAAGUCCCUUCACCAGUCGUGUUGCUCUUCUCUGGACCCGCUCCAGCACUUCAAUAUCUUUCCUGAACUGAGGGGCCCAGAACUGAACAUAAUACUCCAGGUGUGGCCUCACCAGUGCAGAGUACAGGGAAGGAUCACUUCCCUUGUCCUGCUGACCACGCUAUUUUUGAUACAGGACAGGAUACCAUUGGCCUUCUUGGCCACCUGGGCACACUGUUGGCUCAUGUUGAGCUUCCUGUCAAUUAGUACCCCCAGGUCCCUUUCUGUCUGACUGCUCUCCAGCCACUCUGUGCCCAGCCUGUAGCGCUGCAGGGGGUUAUUGUGGCCAAACUGCAGGACCCAGCACUUGGCCUUGUUGAACUUAAUCCCAUUGGAAUCAGCCCAUUUUUCCAAUCUAUCCAGAUCCCUCGGCAGAGCCCUCUUGCCUUCCAGCAGGUUGACACUCCAUCCCAGCUUGGUGUCAUCAGCAAAUUUGCUGAUGAUGGUCUCAAUCCCCUCAUCUAAAUCAUCAAUAAAGAUGUUAAACAGGACUGGACCCAACACUGACCCCUGGGGGACACCACUAGUGACUGGCCGCCAGCUAGAUGCACCAGCACUCUCUGGGACCGGCCCUCCAGCCAGUUCUUAACCCAGCAGAGAGUGCACUUGUCCAAGCCAUGGGCUACCAGCUUUUGCAGGAGUAUAUUAUGGGAGACAGUGUCAAAGGCUUUGCUGAAAUCUAGAUAGACCACGUCUACAGCUUUCCCCUCAUCCAGCAGGUGGGUCACCUGAUCAUAAAAGAUCAGGUUGGUCAGACAGGACCUGCCCCUCCUAAACCCAUGCUGGCUGGGUCUGAUCCCUUGUCCAUCCUGAAGGUGCUGUGUGAUUCCAUUCAGGAUGAUCUGCUCCAUAACCCUGACAGGCACCGAGGUCAGGCUGACAGGCCUGUAGUUGCCAGGGUCAGCUUUGCAGCCCUUUUUGUGGAUUGGGGUAACAUUUGCCAAUUUCCAAUCAUAUGGGACCUCCCCAGUGAGCCAGCACUGUUGGAAGAUGAUGGAGAGUGGCUUGGCAAGUUCUUCUGCUAGCUCCCUCAUCACCCUAGGAUGGAUCCCGUCUGGUCCCAUAGACUUGUGAGGAUCCAGAUGGCUCAGUAAGUCACCAACUAUUUCCUCCUGGAAUACAAGGGAACUAUUUGGCUUCCUAUCUCUGUCAACCACCUCCAGAGGCCAGUUGUCCUGAGGGCCACCUGUCUUACUGGUAAAAACUGAGGCAAAGUAGGUAUUAAGUACCUCAGCUUUCUCCUCAUCUUUGUUAACUAUAUUUUCCUCAGAGUCCAACAGAGAAUGGAGGUUUUCCUUGCCCCUUCUUUUGUUAUUAACAUAUUUAAAGGACUUUUUAUUAUCCCUAACAGAAUUGGCCAAAUUAACUUUAAAUUGCACUUUUGUUUCCAUUAUUUUUUUUCUGCACGAUCUAGCUAUUUCCAUAAAUUCUUCAUAAGUAGCCAGCCCUUUUUUCCACAGUCGGUAAACUCUCUUUUUAUUUCUGAUUUCCUUCAGAAUCUCCCUGUUCAGCCAAGCUGGUUAUCUUCCCCGCCGGCUAGCCUUUCAGCACACUGGUAUAGCCUGUUCCUGUACACUCAAAACCUCCUGCUUGAAGCAUGUCCAACCCUCCUGGGCCCCCUUGUUUUUAAGAAUUGUUUCCCAGGGUAUGCUCUGAAUAGGCAAAAAUCUGCCCUCCGGAAGUCCAUUUUAGAGGUUUUUAUUAAUGGCUCUCCUUGCAUCUCUGAGUAUUGAAAAUUCUAUUAUUUCAUGGUUGCUAUGCCCCAGGCAUCCUCCAACCACUGCCUCACCCACCAGCCCUUCUCUGUUUGUAAACAGUAGGUCUAGCAGGGCCUUACCCCUGGUAGCCUCAUUUACCAGCUGAUGAAGGAAAUUGUCCUCUAUACACUCUAGGAAAUUCCUAGACUGCCUCUUCUGUGCAGUAUUGAGCUCUCAGCAGAUAUCCGGCAGGUUAAAGUCACCCACAAGAACAAGGGCCGUCGAUUUUGAGACAUCUGUCAGCUGCUUGUAGAAUAAUUAAUCUCCUCCAUCAUCCUGGUUGGGCGGUCUAUAACAGACACCCACAAGGAUGUCAGUCUUGUUGGACUUGAUUCUGGUCCACAGACACUCAGCUGUGUCACUGCUGACCUCAAGUUUAACAGAGUCAAGAAACUCUCUAACAUAAAAAGCCACCCCUCCACCUCUCUUACCCUGCCUGUCUUUUCUGAAGAGUUUGUAACCACACAUAGCAGCACUCCAGUCAUAUUAGUCAUCCCACCAUGUUUUUGUGAUGGCAACUAUGUCAUAGCUUUCCUGCUGCAUGAUGGCUUCCAGCUCCUCUUGUUUGUUGCCCAUACUGCGUGCAUUAGUGUACAUGCACUUCAAGUGGGCUGCUGAUUUCACUCUUAAUUCAGGCUUUCCAUCCUUAGGCUGAUCUUUGGAGAGCCCAGUUUCAAUUCCUUCCCCCUUCAAACCUAGUUUAAAGCCCUCCUGAUCAGCCCUGCCAACUUAUGGGCUAUAGUCCCCUUGCUCUUCCUAGAAGGAUGAAGCCCAUCUGAUUUGAGGAGACUAGGUACCACAGAGCUUGCCCCAUGGUCAAAAAACCCAAAAUUUUUAUGCUGACACCAAUCCUUUUGCCACCUGUUAAUGAGAUGGGCUUUUCUACUCCUCUCUUUAUUUAGCUCCUCAUCUACCCCAGAUAGCACAGAAACUGAGGCAAAUAUCACCUCUGCUCCUGUCCCAUGAACUGACCAACCCAGUGCUUUAAAGUCUUUAAUUGUCUUGGUACUUCUUCUAUUCAUGUCCUCACUGCCAGCUUGGACUACUAACAGGGGAUAAUAGUCUGAGGGCUGAAUUAUCUCAGGAAGUCUUCUAUUAAUGUUCCUCACCCAGGCCCCAGGAAGGCAGCAGACCUUCCUGUGGGAUGGCUCUGGGCGACAUAUAGGGCCCUCUGUUCCCCUCAGAAGGGAGUCGCCGACUACAACCACCCUUCUUUGUUUUUUUCUUAUAGCUGCAGUUGUAAUCCUUUCUGUAGAUGAGGUCCAUCCAGGAGGCUCUCCAGGCAGAUCUUCUUGGCUGUUCUCUGCCUGAUUUUCUGGGUCCAGGGCCUCGUAUCUAUUUGUUAAGGGCACCAAGGGUGGUGAUGGGGUUCGAGAGAGGGUUCUUUUACCUCUCCGAUCAGGGACUUGUUUCCAUUCCACCCCAUCAAUUAGGUCUGCUCUAUCUGCCUUAUGGCAGGAGGGACAGGGCUUUGCCAUCUCCUGUUGCACACCCUUAGGAGUCAUGCUUCUCAGAUGGAAUGGUUUCACCAGGAUUCAGAAAGCUAUAGUCGAUCAGAUCAUCAGCAGACCACCAAGCAGUGACCAUGACCUUAUUUUAGUGCAAGUUUGGUUUUGGGAAGUGCUUCGGAGGUUCUGCUGAGUCCAGCCACUGAGCUGGUCAUCACCAGUUGUCAUAUAAAAUCCACUUUUCAUUGCACAUCACAAUCUGAACAAGAAAUGAUUCUUUGUUGUUCUGUAAAAUAAGAGAAGACAACACUUCAAAACAAUGAUUCAUUUGAUUUUCAGUCAGCUCAUGAGGCACCCAGUUAUCGGGCAUUUUCACCUUACCAAUUUCCUCCAAAUGCCAAAUAACCAUAGAAUGGUCAACGUUGAGUUCUUUGACAAUUUCUUGUGUAGUUGCAGUAUCAGAUUCAGUAUCAGUAGUUGCAGAGGAUCAGCUUCGAUGAUUGCUCUCAGUAGGUCAUUGUCAACUUCCAAUGGCCAGACACUACAUGCCUCAUCCUCAAGGCUCUUGACUCCUUUGUGAAACUUCUUGAACCACCACUGCACUGUAGGUUUGUUAGCAGUUCCUGGGCCAAAUGCAUUGUUGAUGUUGCAAGUUGUCUCCACUGCUUCACUACUCAUUUUGAAUUCAAAUAAGAAAAUCACUCUAAUUUGCUUUUUAUCUAACAUCAUUUCCAUAGCCUAAAAUAAAUAUAAACAGCAAGUUAUACGUCAUUAACAAAAAAAAAAAAAAAAAGGCACAUUAAAAUCAUGUGUAACAUAACCACAUUUAUUUAAGAAUGUAUUCCAGUAUCAAACAGCAAAUUUCAACAAUGCAAGAACUGCAAUUACUUUUGCACCAACUUAAUAGCUGAAUUGUACUUAGAAUAAUGCAAAUACAAAGUAGAGACCAAGUAAUGGCAUUGUCUUCAAGUAAUUUCAAAACUGUUAGUGAAAGAGUAAUAAAUACAUUUUGGAUUGGUUCUUCAAUCCAUGCUUUACAAAAACCAAAGUGAUAAUAACCAUGAUAUAAACUAUAAACCAGUAGUAGUAACAGUAGUAAUCGAUAGAAAAAAUAUGCCGUCAUUUUAACUUGCAUUACUAGAUAAUGUUUUUCAGUAAUUACAUGUUAAUUUCAUUGGCAUUUAUUGUUUUAAUUUGAAAUUCAUGACAAUGAUUUCUGAAUUCUGUCCUGCAGAACCACAUUUCUUGAUGCUCUAACUUGUCUUUUCAUUGGAAAAACUGGCUACCUUAGAAAAACUUGGAGUUGACAGUGCUUGGUCCUGCAGUUUUGGUAACCAUGAAAUACAGAAUUUGUGGCAGGGAAUCCUGAGUUAUUUUCACUCUCUCCUUUUCAGUGGAAAUGUUUUAUCAUUGUUGGUUUUGGUUUGGGAUUUUUCUCAUCAUUUGCUAAAAUGAAAUUAGCCUUUUUAUGAAAAGGGGGAUGAGAAGACAGAAAUACUUUCCCAGUAGCUUAAGAAAUGUUGCGUCUUAUAUUUUCAAGGAAGCUAUAAAAGUAGAAGAAUCACAGGACAUCUUUUCAGUGAUUGCUUUGCUGAAGGACUGAAUUUAGACCUGCCUUAUCUGUGUUAAUACCUUUUUUCUCAGGUCGUCUUAUGUCUUUUUUUUUUUUUCCUUUUUUUCAUCUCUUAACUAAAGCCUCUUCCCUUUCUCCCUGGUCCGCUUUCAGCUUUGACCAAAUCUAUGUGACUGGUUUCUAGUCUGGUUUUGGAGGAUUUCUUUGCAGCACACAGUACAGCUUCUUAGUUGCCUCCAUGUGAUUGCAAUGGACUAUAACUAUGAAUUUGCAUUAAUAAAACCACCAUCACUUAGAUAAAGUCUAGUUUGUUGUUUUGUUUUAUCUCUAAAGAGGCACAAUUAUUUUAUUGGAAACAUAAUUUUCAAUUGACAAACUUACCACACCACUGUAACAUAACCAAACAAACUAAAAAAAGGCAUAAGCACACUUCAUCUUCUCUUGAGUACUCUUGAAUUACUUUUCAAUAUUCACAGAUGUUAGUGUCAUGCACACAUUACUUUAACAAUGUAUUUGUCAGAACAGUAAACUCUCUUUUGUUUCUGGUU